AGUUACAGUGGAGUAGUAUUGUAGUGCUCAUAGCAACUUGAUCAAAUUUUUAUAUUUUAUAGAUAGCGUUUUUAUUACGAAUUCACCACUUUCGUUAAACAACAAGAUUGAAUGCAAAUGCCUAUGAUUUUUCAUGGGAGCUAUCAACUUAUUUCUGAAGAAAAUCUAUCAGAGAAUACUAAUUUUCACGCUAUAUAUUUUGUUGAAUGAGUGAUAAUAAGUGAAGCAGCUGAAAACUUUAAAUAUGGACUACGAGGACGUUGUCGAUCCAUUUAAUGCAAGCUAUGGCGAAAUGGAAACGAGUCUAUGUACUCAAAAACCUCCUGACGUAGUUUGGGAUGAUAAUAAUACCAUCGAUAUAAAAAAAACCCAGCAAAAACGUGGGCAUAAAGCAUCAGGAUAUAGUCACUUUCAAAUGUUGAUUUCGAAAGAAGAAGCUCAACUUCAAGAGGCUAAAGCGAGAGCAGGUAAUGAUAUUAAAUCGGCUGAUCACGUAAUGGAGCAAUUAGAGACUCUAUUUAAGGAUGAAAUAGAAGAGAGAAAUAAAUCUAUGGAAACGUCAACAUUGAAUGAAGACGACUCUUUUAUGUUAAUUUCUCAAAACUUUCGAACGCCAAAGAUAUAUAAAGAAAGUAAACAAACGAAAUGUCAACAAGCUACAAGCACACCGUGCCAAAAUGAUAUGUCAUUAAAAUCUCCAAUAUUAUCCCCUAUUGAAGAGGGAACACCUAAAUCAGUUAUAAAGCCAACUACGGUCAAGGACCAUAAAGACUUAACAGUUUUAGGAGCUGCACCUAAAGUUCGUAGAAAUAUUAUGAGAGUUCAAUCCUUUGAACAUCGCCCUGGUAGUCCUCCAUCGAAAAUAACAUUUAACAAGACAAGAUCAUUUGAAGAAGAAAGGGCUGAACAAGCGUCAGAGCCGUUUGUAAGUAGUCAGACGGUAACAAGAAAAUUUGUCUCAAAGGCAGCUAUUAAUGGUACAUCAUCCAGCAAAUACAUUAAACCUGCAGUUACAGUGAAAUUAGUGGAUAAACCGAGAAUUAUGGUGAACCAUGGUAAUCAAUCAUCGGCUACUAGCUCCACAUCUACCCCUAGUCUCUCCACAACAGUGAAACCAACUACAACCAAGCAAUUUAUAACUAAUGGUAACUCUUUGACAAAAGUGAUUCAGCCAUCAUUCUCAAGCAAUAACACUCGCUUGUCAGACAAUCGUAACAUUAAAGAUACUAACGAAUCAACCAGCACUGGCAAAACUUUGAACAGUACAAACUCCAUUCCGGUAACCGAAUCAACAACAACAAUAACAACGUUAUCAAACCAGAAUACGAGAAAAUUCGUAUCUAACUCAAACUUUGUUACAAACUCAUCUAAAACAGUUUGUUUUAAUAAACAAAACACUAAUUCUACAACAAGGAGGUUUAACAAUCAUAUAGUUUGCUCAACAGCUAUAACAACAACAACAGCAACAACAUCAUUUUCGAAAAUGUCAUCGGAUAUAGUACAAAAUACUUACGAACCUUUAAAAUCUGCUGAUACAAUAAAAAAAGAACCUCCAGUCCUAGCAACUCGAACAUUUAAAAACUUUCAAAAUCAGGCAACAAAGAAAGAUUGCAUCGCCUCAACAUCAGUAUCAUUGAAUAUCGCUAAACCUGUUUUAACAAAUAGCAAUACAAUGAAAGUAUCGGCGGAUAUUAAUCUAUCAAAGAAGCCUUUGGAUCCUAUGAGGGCAACAACAAAAACUAAAACUUUUCGUCAAGGGAGAACAUUUACACGGGCUGUUCUGGUAACUCAAUCAAACCAGAAGCGUCCUGGACAGGCUGAGUUAAACGAUUCAGAUAACAUUCCGCCUAAAAAAGUCGUAUAUAGUAAAGAUGAAAUUGAGAGGAAGAGACUACAAGCUCUUCAGCGCAAACAAUCACAAAAUAUAAAAUGA